UCUCCGUGUCACAGUCGCCAUCCUCAUCCAUCGCCUCUGCGCAUCGCCGAAGCACAACGUCCAAUCCUCGGCCUGGUUGCUCUUGGUUUGGCGAGCUCAUUGAUCCUUUUGCACGACAGCUCAAAGCGGGGCACUUGCCAGCUACAGCAGCUAAGCUCAGCCUCAGACCACUUCCAAUUCCGCGACGCGACUCUUUGUUCUUCUUCCUCUUCCUUUUACUCUUCCUCUUCCUCUUCCUCUUCCUCGUUGCACAGCUCCCCGCCGAUAGCAGCAAUUUCUCAAAGCGACUCUUCUAUUCACAAUGUCUGGCCAGCAGCCGCAGUACUAUCCGCCUCCUCCCAGCGGGCCUCCAGGGCAAGUGCACUCACCACCCCAACAGCAACAGCAAUAUGCGCCUCCUCCUCAGCAACAGCAGCAGUACGCCUCCCCUCCUCCACAGCAGCAAUAUGCGUCUCCGCCGCAGCAGCAACAGUUUGCGCCGCCUCCCCAUCCUCCUCAGGGAACCCCCGGCUAUGCUCCGCCGCCGCAGCAGCACACGCCGGUCCAGCAGCAGUACCAACAACCACCGCCGCAACAGCAGCAACAGCCGCAACAUCAGCAGCAGCCACAACCGGCACAGUUUGUUGGAGCCGUAUCGACGACCGAUGACGUUGGAACCUUCAACGGGGGAAGCUAUCGCAUCAGUCACCGAGACUCCAAUACUAUUCUUACUAUCCAGCUCGCCAAUGGUGCCCCCAUACAUGCUAAGCCAGGUGCCAUGGUUGCCAUGUCUCCUUCAAUCACCCUCAAGGGACACAUCAAAUUCAGCGUCAAGAAGAUCAUUGCCGGCGGAGAACUCUCCAGCUCUACAUUUACGGGGCCUGGAGAACUGAUCCUCGCGCCCUCAUCUCUGGGAGACGUUACAAGCAUCAGACUGAGCGGGAAUGAGACAUGGUCGGUAGGGAAAGAUGCCUAUCUGGCUUAUACCCAGGGCAUCAACAAAGACUACAAGCGCCAAGGCUUGGGCAAAGCCAUUUUUAGUGGAGAGGGUCUCUUUGUUUACAAGAUAACGGGAACCGGCCUGCUUUGGGUUUCAAGUUUUGGUGCCAUCAUCAGAAAAGAUCUUGCGCAAGGCGAAAAGUAUAUCGUAGACAACGGCCACCUAGUGGCGUGGAACACAAGUUAUGUCUUGGAACGCGUCGCUUCAGGCGGCCUCAUCUCCGGCUUGUCUUCCGGAGAAGGGCUUGUUUGCAAGUUUACGGGCCCCGGCACCGUCUUCAUGCAGACUAGAAACCCACAAGAGUUUGCUGCUUACAUUGGUGGCAUCGCUCCUCAAGAUAUUUAGGAUGAUGCUCGAGGAUUCUGGCACCCUUUAGGCAUCAAGUUUAGGAAGCAGACAUGGUUCCUGAUUUGUUGUGGGUUCCUGAUUUAUUAUGUGAUGAAAGCGGUCUCUCAAUUCUGUACUAUCAACUUUGAACCAUUUUUGCCUUUCCUUGGAGUUUUGAUUGCCUUAGCCGUGGCGUAUCCGGUAAUUGAAUUGAUGGUACUUGGUUAAAGCCAUAAGAAGCUUCUUAUCAAGCUAGACAAAUCGCCAUAAAUGUAUACAUCGCCAGCGGAAGCCUCAGCCGAUGUACUUGCACUCAAAUUAGAGUUA